GUUAUAGUCCAGUCUCCUCCACCCAUUCAAAACCCAAAUCUUAUUUUUUAUCACAUCUAAUUCAUGAACUUUGAUUUGGAAAAAAAUAACAAAUAAAGCGAUAAAAAUAUUGAAGUUCUAGUGUUUCAAUUUAGUGAAACAAUGUCUGUGAUUCUUGAAAGUACCAGAGAUGGUGUAAAAACCAUCAAAAUAAAUCGACCUGAAAGAAAAAACGCUCUUAAUUCAACAGCUUACAGCACAAUAACAAACAUUCUAAACAAAGACGCAACAAACGACAAAAUCGUCGUAACAAUUUUAACAGGUAUUGGAGAUUAUUUCACCAGCGGUAAUGAUUUAGCAUCAGCAAUGUCCGAAGAAACAGAAGUAGCAUUAAACCGUGUAGAAAACAUGGUAAAAACUAUUAUUAACUAUCCAAAAUUGCUUAUUUGUGUUGUGAACGGGCCAGCUAUAGGAAUUGGCGCUACUUUAGUCACCCUAUGUGAUGUGGUUUAUGCAAGCGAUAAAGCAAUUUUUGAUCUUCCAUUUAUGAAAUUGGGUUUAGUUGCAGAAGGUUGUUCAAGUUACAAUUACCCGUUGAUUUUAGGAAAAAGUGUGGCAUCAGAAAUGAUAUUUUUCGGUCGAAAACUAACUGCACAAGAAGCUCUUAAAUUGGGUUUAGUUUCUAGAGUUAUUCCUCAUAUUCAAUUGCCCAGUUUUGUUGAUAGUUUGCAUCAAUAUGGAAAACUCCCUGUAGAAAAUGUUAAGAGGAAUAAAGCAGUAAUUAUGGAUAAUUUUAGAGAUGUAUUUGUACAAAUCAAUAGAAGAGAGUUUAAAUAUCUUAAGGAAGCUGUAUAUUCUGAGGAUUUUGCGAAAACAAUUGCAAAUUUUUUAAGUAAAAAAAGUAAAUUGUAAAAUUUGAUUUAAACAUUUAUAUUUUGUUUAUAUAAUAUAAAAAUUCAUGGACAUUUGAUUUCUUAUGCAAAUUCACUAUUUUUAUGUAAAUACAAAUAUAUUUUUAUUGAAAAUAAAUAGGUAAUAGGAUUCCUAAAUAAAAAAAUUAAUUAUUGUAAUUUUGUAAUACAGUUACAGGCGAAACAAUAUCUAACAACUUACUCCUCUUGAUAGGACACAACUAAAAUUCAAAUUUCUUACAUAUAAACUUCGCAAAAAGUAUUCUAUCAUUUUAUUACUUUGUACAGAUUGUCUGCUUUGUAUAAUUUUUGUAGAGGCGAUUCAAAAUUGGGGUUUGAGUUUGCGCAGUAUCUGAUUUGUCAUUUGUGAAAAUGAUUUGAAAAUAAAUGUUACAUUUAAAAACAAUUUUUGGGACGAUUAACCGCGUAUUGUAUAACCCGCCGUUAUUGUUUUUCUGAAAACAUUUAUUUUCAAAUUAUGUAUUACCUUGUUUGGUACCUACUGCGCAAACUCAAAAAAACUCAAAUUUUUCGCCUCUUGUAGGAACGUUUUUGUAAACUUCCAAAUCCAUUCUCCUAAUUUCAGUUCUGCGGUCAUACGUCAUAUCAACCGCUUAUGAAACUUGUUUCUCUGCUUUUGAAAUUUGAAACAUGUUUGAGGACGACACCGACCUUGAUACUAAACUUAACAUAAACCCUACUCCUAAUUUCUAAGCCGACAUGGGUCUGUGCGCAUGACAAUUUGGACUCUAGACUGUCAAUUUCGAGCAUUCUACGUCACGUUUUCCAUGGGCGUACUGCGUCAAAUAAUAUUAUUUUUUAUUUGUAACGCGCUAUUUUAAUAAUUAUUAUUAUUGGAACAUUUGUUUCAACUGCGUAUUAAUCAAAAAUCAGUUUUACGUGAUUUUCUUAAAUUAAAAGGUGUCAUAGUUGAAUGUAAUAAGCGUUAAAUUUAAUUUUGAUGAUCCUUUUUAGUGCAUUUCGAUACGCACACGUGGGCGCCAAAG